UCGGAGCUGGGCGGUGAUGGCAGGGGAAGGGCGGGAACGAGGCGCGGAGACAAAGAAAGAAGAUAUCUGGGUGGGACCGCGGGGCCGGGCGAGCCCUCGGGCGGGGCGCUCGGCCUGAGAUCCCGAGAGUCCGGCGUCCGCCCACCGCCGCUCCCGGAGCCGUGGCAGGGCGGACUCAGACCCGAGCCCCGGCGGGGAGGGCGGCCGGCGCGGGGCUAUGCGAAGCGGAGCGGCGGGGAGGGCUGACGGAAAGCAAGUGCCCCGGCGGGGCCAUGGACAAGCCGGGGUCUCUGGGAGCUGCUGGCGGCCUCAAAGGGGAGAUCCCCGGCAGAGCCGCAAGGGAAAGGCCCUCAGGGGGCCGGGGCGUGGAGACCGACGCCAAGCUGGCCCCCAGGGUUGCUCUGUUUCCAGGCUCCGGGCCCCCGCUGCACGCCGGGGGCCUCGUCAUUCCCUGUCCUAAUCCCUGCCGGCCCUCCGAUGGAAGAGCGACCCUCGGCUCCUGGCCCAGUCAGCACCCUGGGGAGGUUGUUGGCCAUAGCCUAGGGGCCAGCAUCGCCCCUGGAAGAGCCAACACCCCCGGUAUAAGCGGGGCGUCCAGUCCUGAGCGCGGGGGGCUUAGCCCUGGAUGCAGUGGGCACUCGGGAUCGACCUGUUCGAACAGCUAUGAAGACCGGCCUCGGGGCAUCCUAAAAAACAGCAGCUCCACUCUCGUGCAGAAAUCCCCCGCCGUGGAGAAGAAGUCUCAGCGCUGGGAUGAGAUGAACAUCCUGGCUACCUACCACCCUUCUGACAAAGAUUAUGGCUUUAUGAAGGUGGAUGAGCCUAGCACCCCCUACCACAGGAUGCAGGACAGUGAUGAGGACCUAUCUGCAGGGCCCUCCUUCAAGGUGACUCCGGAAGCACUAUCAGAGAAGUUUGCAACAAUGGACAAUUUCCUCCCCAAGGUCCUCCAGUAUGGUGAUAACAGAAGCUCAAGGACCACAGAUGAUUUUUCCAAGACACACUCCAGCGAUUUUGACAAGCAUCGCAAAAUACACUACAACGAAGGGAAGUUUCUCAAGGCUCAGAAAAACCUGCCUUUGGACAGCGACAUGGACGGCAGUGAGAGUGGUUCUGGCAUUGGUAGUGGUACUCAGGGUGUGAUGAUAAAUCCAAAGUCCAAGCCGGUAGAGAGAGAUUGGACCGGAAGACUGACCAGAGAUGUCAGAGAUAAGACUGGCCCAGGGACUUCAAGUCACAUCGGAAAUGCCAACGACUCCACAGGCUUGCCCAUAAGCACUGAGGUACGUCUAUUGGACCAUACAGGAGGCACCUGUAGAGAGCAUAAGGCCACCAAAGACUCCCUGGGUAUGGCAGUGACAGCAGUGCAGCCAGAUGAAACCCUGCGGCCCCAAUGGACUCUGGAAAAGGAAACCAGACCAUGGAAGAUGUAGCUUGAUUGGGGUGGGGGUAAGGGAAAGGGUAAUCAUCCCCUGUCCACACACCCUAGGGAUAGACAAUAAAGAGAAGAAGAUCAGGAAUCUGGGUGUUGUGAAUUGAAUACCCAGGCUGAACCUGCUUGGUUAAGGAGUGGAGCUUUUUCAAGGGUGUUCACACACAGGAAAUAAAAAAAGCAGAUCAGAGAGAGAAGAAAGCUGGGAAUAGUCCAGAGACUGGACUCAACAAGAAACAGGAUCAGGAGACUGCUGAAGGAUCUCAAGUGAGGCUGCCUGGGCUACAUAGUGAGACCCUGUCUCAAAAACACAAACCCAAAACAACAAAAGAAAAGAAUCUAGGAUUCCUAACGGGUCCAAGCUACAGCAAGACAACAAUGAAUGACUAAUAUAGUUAAUGUUUACUUUGCCACAAAUUUGCCAAUAAAAUAUUUUAAUUUUUAUGAUAACCCUGGAGGGAGGGAUUUUACUUUCCAUCUUCCAGAUGAGGAAACUGAGUAACUGGAGAACUUGCCCAAGGAUCAUACAGCCGCUAAGUG